AUGGAUCAAAACAAAUCCUUAUGUCCACCUUGCAAUUAUAUUGCAGAUGUUGCGAUGCAAGCGGAUAACAGUGAAUUAACUUAUUAUGCCCUUGAGUUUAUGGCAAAGUGGAUUGCUCGGGGGGAGAAUGCGAGGCCUCCUGUUUUGCAGCUUCUGCUCUCUGUUGAUGAAGGGUUAGUUGUCUCUGCCCUUGGCACUGCAGGUAGGACUUAUAAUUCUAAACUUCUGGAUGGUUCACGGGCAAUUCUUAAGCGAUCAUUGCGCCAUAAGAAGGUCCCAAAUCCUGAAUCAUACCUCGGCAAGCUAUAUGCUCAUGCUAGCUUGGGGAACUUGCAGAAGGCUUUUGGUUCUCUGCACGAACUUGAGACAGGCUUUGGAAACUUGAUAAUAGUGCAGUUAUCACGUUAUUCAUCCACUAAUAAUGGCAUUUUCAUGAUUUAUUAG